GCAAGCGCCGGCGGCGGCGGAGGGGGGAGAGACCCGGGUCAGGCCGGGGCCGCGCAGCGCUACCGGGAACCGGGGCCGCCGCGCUCCGCUCCGGUUCCCGGCUUCCCGCCGGGCCGAGCGGGGCCGAGCUGAGCUGAAGAGAGGCGGGCACCGGCGAUACAACCGGCGGGGCGAGCGCGGGGGCCGCACGCCGACCCCCGCCGCGGGGCUCCAGGGAUCCGGGAGCGGCGGGCGGCCGUCGGGGAUGUCCUACAAGCCCAUCGCUCCCGCUCCCGCUACCCCCGGAGCCGCCAGCGCCAGCCCCGCCCCGCCGGGGCCCGGGGCACCGUCCGCCGCCACGAGUGUCGCGUCGCCCUCCGGUUCCGUCCCUGGCGCCGCCGCCCCUUUCCGGCCGCUCUUCAAUGACUUCGGGCCGCCGUCCAUGGGCUACGUGCAGGCCAUGAAGCCCCCUGGGGCGCAGGGCUCGCAGAGCACCUACACCGACCUGCUCUCGGUCAUCGAGGAGAUGGGGAAGGAGAUCCGGCCCACCUACGCCGGCAGCAAGAGCGCCAUGGAGCGGCUGAAGCGGGGGAUCAUCCACGCCCGGGCGCUGGUCAGGGAGUGCCUGGCAGAGACAGAGCGAAACGCCCGCACGUAACGGCAGCUGCCACCCGGGACCCCCCGGGACCUCCCGGUGGUGGCGGCGGGGGCGGGGGGGCCGCCGUGCUGCCCGAGCCCCCCCUCCCCGCGCUCUCCGCUCUUUAUAAAUGCGUGUUUUUAUAAAUAAAGGACAAUGUUGGGA